UAAAAAAGAGAACACAACAUACAUAAAAUGAGUGAGAAAGAGAAUGAGAGAGAAGAUAAGGAGGAGAGAGAGAUGUUUGUUCAUUGGAACCACGAGCAUCCGCUUGCUCCGGUGGAUAUUCAGAGAAGCAUACGUGUUUGUGAUGGUUGCCUAAAGCCUUUUGGAAGGGGAGAGAAAUGCUAUGGAUGCAGCCAGGAAUGCGGGUAUGAUGUCCUCCUACAUGAAGAAUGUGCAGAGGCGCCAAGGAAGAUCACACACGCAAUGCACCCUCAACACACACUCACUCAACAAUAUUCCCCCGUGGAAUGGCAAACGCGCUGCUCUGUCUGCCAAGGGUAUGUUGCAUGCAUCUCCUAUGGAUGUACGAGUGUGGAAUGCAUGUUUGUGAUGCAUAUCAGUUGCGCUGGGGGCAGCGACAUGAUGUAUGAAGCCGAAGAUGGUGAGGGCAGCAUCAUACAUCAUGCGAGCCACCCCAAGCACAAAUUGGAGUUGUUGAGGAGAAGGUGUUCGUUCAAGUGCGAUGCUUGCGGAACCACACACGCCAUAGGGAGUUCAUGUUCAUCCUACACAUGCACCGAUGAUGCAUGCGAGUAUUGGAUCCAUGAGAGAUGCGCUUCAUUGCCUCACACCAUUCAAAGGGAAGAUCACAAUCACUCCCUCUCUCUCACUUUCCAUGUCCCGCUUCAAUAUCUCGUAUACAACUACCGUUGUGAUGUCUGCAGUAAAAGAUUAAUAUCCAAAUUUUGGAUAUAUCAUUGUGAGCUUUGCAGCUAUGCUGUCCAUAUCACCUGCGCCUUCACCAAAUCUCUCCCCGACUCUAAAUAUAAUCCAUAUCUUAAAAGCGAUUCGUGAUACAAAACUUAUAUAGUAGUUUUAGUUCUCUCUUUACAACACUUUUUUGGCAUAAACUUUAUUCUUAAUUAUCUUCCUUUAAUAAUUUUUCAUUUAACAUUUAAACAUCAAUUUCUUAUGUUACAUAUUGAAAUGUGUGUUUUUGUUGCAUGUAGAGAGCAAGGGAUUAUGAAGUUUCCAAUAAGUGAUGUGGGAGAGGACCUAAUUAGAGCUUUUGUAAGGAGGCAAGAAGGAGAUACACAUACACAUAUGCAUACACCCAUUCCUCAUCGUGAUGUUGCUUAUCAGUUCCACAAUAACAAACUGACAUUAGUCUCAUCAGCAUCAUUCCAUGGAGAAAAUGAAGAAGAAGACGAUAAUGAUGAUGAGGAAGACUACUCUUGUAGAAAAUCGGAAAUAAUAUGUGAUGGGUGUAUUACUCCGAUACUUCUGAAACAAACAUCAUCAUCAUCAUCAUCUUCGAGUAGUAGUAGUAGUAAAGAUAACUACUACUACUACAUGAGAUGUAGCAUAAGAUCAUGCAAAUACUAUCUUCAUUUAGCAUGCUUCCAAUUGCCACCUCAGCUUUCUUCUCUUCCUCACCUCCACAAACAAGAUCACAGACUUGUCCUUCAAUCUUGUGACAAACUUAAACCAUGGGAGUCUUCAUCUUGCAGCGUCUGCGAAAUAGAUACAAAUGGUUUGUAUUAUGCCUGUACAAAAUGCAAUGGCUUCAAAGUAGAUAUAAAGUGCGCUUCAAUGCCGGACACUAUGUAUCACGCAGCUCACCCUUCACACCCCCUCAACCUUCUCUCCCAACACGAUACUCUUAUACGAGCUUUUGAUACAUGCGAUGCCUGAGGUGCUAAUAAGAGCUAUGCAUGCGACGCCUCUGAUUUCAUCGUGCACUUUCAAUGCGCAGUGCUGCCCGGAUCAACCCUCAGUCGUAGAUGGGACAAGCACCACCCGCUGCUUUUGACACAUGACGCCACUAUAAACCGCCCCGGUGAUUUCUACUGCAAUCAAUGCGAGCAAGAAAUGAAUCCAAAGAGUUGGAUGUAUCACUGCCGCGGCUGCGCUAUAUCCUUCCAUCCGGACUGCCUCAAAACUACAUCCGGCCGGUUUAGAAACAUCAAGUUUGGUCAAAAAUAUGUCAUCGCCGGAGCUCACAACCACACGCUCACCUAUCAAAUUCUCACUACAAAAUGCCGUUGCAACGUCUGUGGUCGGAAUUGGCAUGAAUUGCCUGGAUUUUACUGUGCAUCUUGCAUCUUCUUCAUUUGUUUCCAGAAUUGCGCUAGAAAAAUGAUCGGAGAUGGCAACAUUGAGGCCGUCGAUUGAUUCUUCUAGACUUGUGUAUUUGUUAUUUUUAAUUUAAUAGUAUUAAUGAU